UGCACGUUUCGCAGUUUCUCUGAUCUGUGGUUCAAGUCUUAUCUUCCCAUCAUAACACCAUGUCCUCCGCACCAUCUGCUCAACGGUUUAUCACAAAGCUCAUGGCUUCACCGCAAAAUAGGACGUUGGCCAUGGAGGCCGACAGGAUUCGGGGGCUUCUGAGCUUCGCUCGCCAGCUCCAACCUGGGGACCCAAAGCACGCCGAAUACCGGGGAAUGAUUGGUCACAUAUUGUUCGUCCGGGUAGUCACCAUCCUGCCGACGGCAACAAUGUUCGACCCCAUUUUCCUGUCGGCGGUAGUGGAGAUAACCUCCCUCUGCAAAAACUCGCAAUGGGUCGGUCUACCCAACUGGCAAAACAUCAGAGAGGAUGACCCGAGGAUCGAAAAGCACUCGCUGAUCCACAAAACGUGGUACGUCCAUCCGAAGCAGCAGAUGUUGCACGUCCGCCAAGAGGGUGGCCUGCCAGUUGCUGAUCCACCCGCUGCAACUGCUGGUACUGUUUCCCCACUUGCCAAUAACGCUUCCGUUGCUUCGGGUACAGCUGGUAAUCGCCGACUGCAUGUCUUUGGCCCUAAAUCGCAGGCUCAUGCGAAAGAGAAUGUCAUGGAUGUACCGACAGAUGUGUCGAGGGGCCGGUCUAAUCAUCGGGGAUCCAAGAAACGAGGGAUCAGUGAGUCCGAGUCACGAACCCCACUGGCACGAGGUAUGGGAGGUGGAUCGCGCAAACGAAUCUGUGCCGAUGUGACGUCCAAUACCGUUAACAAGAUGAGAGAAGGUGUGCCGAAAGGAGUGAUAUUUGUGCAGCACCCUGGGGCGAAAACCAAAACACCGGCAAGUGCAUCUAAGGCAGCUGAUUCGGCCAGCCCCUUGGCAGAUCCGUCGGGCGCCGUGAGCACUGUUGAUCCCUGUCCUCGUUGUGCCAGGGAGGGCAGAACAUGCAUAAGAGCCACGGGAAAGACUGGCCUCCUGUUAGUUUGCACUGAAUGCAAGCGAUCGAAGGUUAAGUGUGAGUUGGAUGUCAACCAACCCACCAGGCAAGGAAAAAAGUCAGGCGUGCGAGGCAAGCCUCAUUCCCGAUCAGUGCAGAGGGCGAGGACGCGGUCAACGUCCAGUCGCCACCAGUCGCCUUCUAAAUGCCGCACGAGCACUUUAGCGAUGCAGCGAAAGCCUUCCAGAGUCGUCAUGAGCUAUGUGUCAGUGCCCCGGCUUCCAAUCUCAGCCCCCGAAUCCACAGCCGUGAAGCUGAGGAGCAUGGAGAGAAAGAUGAGUGGUCUGGAGGAUGUGAUCGACCUCCUCCAUCGGGAGAUGGAGACACUCCGCACCAUGAUCGAUGCCUAAAGUUGAAAGAACGAUGCCUAUGGUGCACGAACGAUUUUGAUUUUCC